CGCUGCCUCCCUUUGUUCGGGCAGUAGCUCGGAGUCCGUCGCAGCGUCCAAGAUGCCGGAGCCAGCGAAGUCCGUGCCUGUCUCGAAGAAAGGCUCCAAGAAGGCCGUGACCAAGACUCACAAGAAAGGCGACAAGAAGCGCAAGAAGGUGAGGAAGGAGAGCUAUUCCAUCUACGUGUACAAAGUGCUCAAGCAGGUCCACCCGGACACGGGAAUCUCCUCCAAGGCCAUGAGUAUCAUGAACUCUUUUGUCAACGACGUCUUCGAGCGGAUCGCCGGGGAGGCCACCCGCCUGGCGCAUUACAACAAGCGCUCCACCAUCACCUCUCGCGAGAUCCAGACGGCGGUGCGGCUCUUACUGCCGGGGGAGCUGGCCAAGCACGCCGUCUCUGAGGGCACCAAGGCGGUCACCAAGUACACAAGCUCCAAGUAAGCCUUGCCCCGCGCACUGAACCCAAAGGCUCUUUUAAGA